AUGUUUUUCUUCAAUCCUAUUAGCAAUGACAUAAUUGAACUCCCUGAACUACUAGAGGAGCACAAAAAUUCUUGCUCUGCUUGGACUUUUUCGUGUCCUCCUUACUCAUCAUCGGAUUGUUUCGUUGUUGGUUUUGAAGCCAUUGGUUAUGUCCCAGAUGUGUACAUCAUCAAAGUUGGAGAUACUGAAUGGACGUAUCACUACUCCUUGAACCCAGGAAAAUUUAUGGCAAUAGGGUGCAAUAAUCCGUUAUUUUUCAAAAACAAUACUAUCUACUUACUCGGAGAUAAAGGUAACUUGGGAACACUACGCAUCAAUGAAAACUCAGCUGCAAAAAGACCUAGGUGGAAAUUUUAUGGGAGUUAUUUUCCAAGUUCAAAAAAACGAUUAAUUAGAAAGGCAUACACAGCAGAAGAUGUUGAUAAUGGAGGAAUGUUAGUUGUGAUUUUAAGUCGCGAAAAAGGGGAUGUAGAGGUUUGGAGGUACAAAAUAAAUGGAAAAGAGUUGGAGAGGGAACAAAUAACAAGUUUGGAUAAUAAAACAUUGUUUGUGAGUUUUGGAGGGUCGUACUUGAAAACAUUUGUUGCACAGGGACUAGGAAACAAGAUAUAUUUCUCAAUGUUUCACGACAACAACAAGGGCGUUUUCUACUAUUUGGCCAAUCGCAAAUAUUACUCUUUCGAUUACUCUGUCAACAAAGCUUACUCAAGUCCAAAUAUUUUUAACUUGGUCCAACCAAAAUCCUGCAUUUGGAUCGAACUAGAGAAUGAUUAA